AUGUCCGAGCAACAGCAAGUUGCAAGCCAGGAAAAAUGUAGGCAAGAGCAAGAUUCUAAUGAUGAGCGUGCACGUGCUAGACAGAAAACUGAUAUUAUAAUAGUUUUACCAAUAGGACCAGCUUUAGAAGGCUUCAUUUGUGAAGUCUUGGGUGGACUUCCAGCAGGAUACCCCAAAAAAAUCUGGACAGAUAAGCUGAAGUUAAUGGUUGAAAUGCGAGACAUGAUAAACAGA